AUGGAGAAGCUGAGAUCGGUCUUCUGGCAGGCUACGCCAAAAUACAACGCUGUACGCACAAGCCAGUCUGACGACGAUGACCAGCAAGAAGGCAUGGAAGAAAAGCUACGCAGUGAACUGGCGGCGCUGGAGAGCAACGUCUGGUGUCUGCGCGCAAGUCUACUGAUCACCAUUGUAGCGCUCCUUCUUGUGACCAUCUUUGCAGUGGUAGAUCGAGUUUCGUAUGACAAAGCGUCACUCAAUUGUGGAAAGGGACACAUAGGUAGCGACCCGAAUGGAUUCGUGCCCCCUGGGAUCGGUGAGCCCCCGAGGUGGACACUAUUCGACAGCACGUCGCCAUAUUAUAUCGAGGAGGACACUUUCUAUGAUUUAAAUAAGACUAAAAUGAUGGCGAAAAGACUGAAGAGCCUCCACAAUUCCUCAAAUGUCCUCGCGAACGGGAACUUUGCGGAUUGGAAGAAGCCGGAUGGCACUGUGGCUAAGCUGCCAGCCUAUUAUUCUACAGUAUCAUAUCGACAAACGUACAUCAUCCGGUCCUUCCACCAGAUGCAUUGUCUCAUCUCAAUUGCAGAGGAGUAUGGACAUAGGGCAAACAACGUGUCGUCACAGUGGGCUCCUAAGCAUAUAGCCCACUGUCUCAAUGCGAUCCGCGAAGCCAUCAUGUGUCUAGCCGAUGCGACGCCGAUGACCUACGUGAAUGGCUUUGCCGUCGGGCAUGUAACGGAUGACCAGCAAUUCAUGUGCAGGGACUGGUCAGCGCUGCGCAAGUGGGCGAACGAUCCGGUGAGGGGAAUUCGCUAUAAGAACAUCGCGCCUGAGGGGGCGGGCUACGACAACAACACUGAGAUUCGUCCUUUCCCAGAACUCUCUGAGUUGGAGAAGUGCACCAGGUCUAGCAGAGACCACACUGAGAUAUGGCGGGCAACGGCGAGAGUGCAUGGGAAGGAUAGCGGUAUUCAUACCACUUGA